AUGCCGGCCAAAAAGAAGGGAAAGAAUCAUCAAGUGCAGACUCUUGCACCUCAACCACAACCCCCUGCUACCCCGCCGCCUCUCGAGCAAUCUCAGCGUACCUUGGAGGAAGAGCUGGCCGGUUAUCCGGAAGUCCAGCGUAACGAGUUCCUUGCCACAAGAGCAAUCUAUUCAGACGAUUUUCAGCGUAUUCGAGGCAGGAAGGAUGCGUGGAAGACUCAGGAGAACUUAGCUUUUCAAGUCCGGGUUUCACCACUUGGAUGUCGCGACUAUUUUGUCAAACUCAUCUUCGAGUUUCCACGCGACUAUCCGAAGGUGCUCCCAAAGAUCAACAUCGUCGAGGUUCAGCCUAAAGACCCUGACCUCAAAAAGCAAAUCGAGCACAUUAUUGCGACCAACCAGAGACAGAAUCAAGGAAGCGAAAUAGUCUACGUGGUCAACACUGCCAUCAUGGACUUCCUUGAUCAGACUGUCUCAGACAAGGCUGCCAAGAAGACUGAGUUCAGCCUCGAAGAAGAACGUGCUGCGCAAGAAGCUUUGGCUAGGAAGCAUCUCCAAGAGAAAGAAGAAAGCACGCGCAGACAACAGGCAGAAGAAGCUGAGGAGAAAGAAAAGCUGCUGUACUCUCAAGUCGAGAGUGAGAAACAACGUCGCCAGAAGUCCAACCUGUCUCGCACGGCCACUGGUGAAGCUGGCACGGAACUCUACGACUCUCCCGAAGAACAAAUCCGAUUUGACCAGCCCAUGACCUGCAAAGACACAGUCACAAACGCACCGUUCAAGUUCAAGGCAGUCUCUGGCAGGGUCGUCAUCCUCAGACGUAAAUACAAGAAAAUCAUGAUUGUAUCUCCUCGAGUGAAUACCGAACGUGUUCAGGCUCCACAGCUUCUACUUAAGGAUAUCUACAUCCCCGAGACUGCGAACUCAAGGGCCCAAAUGCAAAAAUGUAUGGAGGUUAUCGAGGAGGAUCUGGAAUUCUCCAAGGAACAUCAUCACGAGAAUGUUGUCGACCUGAUCAACUUUAAGAUUGAGCAUCUAACCCUUGAGGAUGGCACUGGACAGUGGACCCUGGCUAUUCUUUCCGAGUUUGCGGAUAAGGGUUCUCUUGAUGAUCUUCUUGAGCUCUCUGGACCGCUCAAUCCAGCAAAAGUCCGCACUUGGACUCGAGAGCUUGUUGACGCUCUAGUAUUCUUCGAUAAACAUGGCUACGUCCAUCCCGCAGUCCAUGCGGGAAAUGUCAUGCUUUUCAUGUCACCCAAGAGAGGAGUUACAGUCAAGCUUUCCGACGGCUACGGGACGAAACUUCGAGAACUUGUUGAAGCGGUUCGCGACAAGUCUGAUGCGAAGACAGAUGAGCUGCCUCUCUGGAUCGCUCCAGAGCUAAACAACGAAACGCCAGCAAGAACAAACAAGACUUGCAUAUGGGAUCUCGGCGUGAUUGUGAUGCAAAUGGCGUUAGGGAAAGCCGUCAAGUCCAAAUACACGUCUCCCGCAGAUGUGCUCGAAGACGUCGAUUUCGAAUCCAGUGCUCAAGGACUACUGCAGGAAAUGUUUCGAUCUAAUCCAAAUCGUCGGCCUUCAGCCUUUCAACUCUCAAGCAAAAAGAUCUUCUUCGAAGAAAAUGAUAAUCUCUUCCGAACACAGUCCCUGACUAUGCUCAGCACUCCGGGACGCGUAAGACGCUACAGUGACAGACCUGGAAAUUCCAGGUAUCGAAAUGAAUGGGAGGAGUCUGCUGUGCUCGGCCAAGGAGGCUACGGCAAAGUCGUCCGUGCCAGAAACAAGUUGGAUGGGCAAUUUUACGCUGUAAAGGAGAUCAAGAGUCAGUCGAUUAAAGAACUAGAAAACAUCCUACGAGAAGUCGCCCUUCUUGCGAAACUCAAUCACCCAAAUAUUGUCAGGUAUUACAACGCCUGGUACGAGAGCGCACACGAACAAGUGGAAGAACCACACCAGCGAGCAGUCCCUGCCAGAUCGAUCCCCCAGCCUGCUCCCCUGAGUUUGGGUCAUGACUUCAUGGAACCAUCAGUCUAUCGUAACCAGGGGGCUGAGUACAGCGACUCAGACGAUGGCAACCUGUUUGCUUAUCAAGAUCCACCUUCUAUCAGUCCCGAGGACGCCUUUGACGAUGACCCAUUUGAUAGCGACCCGGAACCAGAAAGAGCAGAAGAACAAAUGACGACUGAUCCAUUCGAACGUUCAACAGCACCAGAGCCGCCAUCCAUGGAAGGCGUAAGUCCUUUCCGCAGUCAGAACUCACCACAAGUGCCUUUAAGUCCCGUUCGAUCACGCUCACUACCACAUAACGAACCAUCCGUGUUGUAUAUCCAGAUGGAACUAUGCGACGGCCGAACAUUGCGUGAUCGAAUCAACGGCGGUCUACCAAAAGAUGUCGAGGCUGGUUGGCGAUUGUUUCGGCGCAUACUCGAAGGACUUGCCUACAUUCAUAGUCAUGGCGUGGUGCACAGAGAUCUUAAACCCGAUAAUAUCUUCCUCGACUCACACGACACUCCUAAAAUCGGCGACUUCGGACUCGCUGGGUACGGACAAGCAACCUCAAAGCAACACCUCUCGUUGUCAAGACCAGCAAUGGUUACUGUGUCGUACCACAUUGGUACCGCAGGGUAUAUGCCUCCUGAGCUUGAACGGACGGGAAGCAGCUACGAUUCUCGCGCCGACAUGUACUCUCUUGGGGUCACGUUCUUCGAAAUGUGUUUCCCUUUCAGCACCAAGAGCGAAAGAAGCAUCUAUCUGGAAGGGAGGUUGAAAGAAAACCCACCACGCCUACCCCAGCUCUUCAAGGAAGAAAGCCAUCAAAAACAAGGUGACAUAAUUGCGCGGCUGAUUGAUCAUGAUCAAACUCGCAGACCAACCGCUUUGAUGCUGCUCAACAGCGGCCUGAUUCCCGAGCCUCUGGAAGAUGAGAAAUUUCAACGCUACAUUGAUAGAAUGGCUGCAGAAAAUCCUAGUGAAUAUCAAGCGCUGAUCACGAAGCUGUUCGCCAACCCAAACAGUCCUGUUGCAAGUCUUGCCUGGGAAGACAGGUCAACAAUAAGUACGGCUUCUGUCGAUUCGAUGCUUUGGAUAUCUACUUGCGACCAGCUGAAAUCCAUCUUUCGUCGACAUGGUGCAGUCGAAGUUGGUCGGCAAAGUAUCAUCCCAAAAGCCGAGUCCUAUCCACAUGCCGCAACUUUUCUCGAUUCUUCAGGCCUGGUCGUCCAGCUACCAUAUGACCUCACUCUCCCUUUCGCACGCACGCUCGGACAAACUUCUCCUACCUACAGCAAGAUCUACUGCUUUGGAACCGUGUACCGUGCUUCUUCACCAGGCUCGCAGCCAAGACAAUUUCCUGAAGUCGACUUUGACUUCAUAUCCAACAGCGCAAAAGAUCUACCCUUGAAGGAAGCGGAAGUCAUCAAGGUUCUUGACGAAGUCCUUACUGAGUUCCCUGCCCUGGCUGCACGCUGCUGGACAAUGUACAUUAAUCAUGCCGACUUGCUCGACCUCAUCCUUGAUUUCUGCCGUAUCAAACCAGUCGAAGCACCGGACGUUAAGCGGGCUCUAUCGCAUCUCAAUACUCAAGGACAAGGAUGGACACAGAUUCGGGAAGAACUGCGCAGCCCGGCCAUCAACAUCCCGGAGACAUCUGUGACUGACCUCAAGCGAUUCAACUUCGACGGCGACUUGGAAAAGGUCCGCACAAAGCUCCACAAGCUUUUCGGAGACUCCGAUCAUUUCAGCAAGGCUUUGCCCCUUCUGGGGCGCCUCGAUGAGGUGACGAAGUACCUCCAGCGCAUGAACGUCCACACACAGAUCCUCAUCGCGCCUCUCAGCAACAAUUCGGAGUAUCUCUACCGGCGGUCGCUGCUCUUCCAGUGCGCAGAUAACGCUUCCAGACGAGUCCUGGCGGUCGGCGGGCGGUACGACGCCCUAGUCCAAGAAUAUCAGACCAAGUCUGACAAGGGCAAUACUCGUGCAGCGGGUUUCCGCCUCAACAUACUAGACUUAAUCGGCUACGUCCGCAGCCAGAUCGCUGCUCAAGCAAGCAAGUCGUCCAAGACGACGGCGACCGCGGCCGCAGAGUCGAAGCCAGUGGCUAGGAGGUGCGAUAUCCUGGUCACGAGCUUCGACGCCAACGCGUUGAAGAAUUCGUGCCUGGAAGUCUUGUCGUCGUUGUGGGCCGCUGGCCUUAGUGCCGAGCUCUCCGAGGAGUUCCACUCCUUGGAGGAGCUGGAGAUGGCGUACGGAAGCCAGAUUGCUGGUGGAUACUGGCUAGUGAUUGUGAGAGGAGGAGCCCUUGGGGAGAGGACCUUGAAGGUCCGGGGCCCCUCUCGCUCCGAAGACGAGGUCAAGGCCGCGGAGUUGGUGAGCUUUUUGCGCCUGAAAAUGGCAAAGAGUAGAUAG